AUGCCCCUUAUCGGCCCCGUGAUUGGACCUGUGGUCGGAGGGGUGAUUGCUCAGUAUACAACCUGGCGCUGGGCCUUCUAUUCGGCUUCACUUAUGGAUGUUCUAAUUUUAGUGCCCAGUUUUUUUACUUUGGAAGAAACAUACGAACCCGUGCUCUUGCGGACAAAGAAGCGGCAUCUAAAUAAACAGACGGGUGGCCAAUACUACACCGUGCAUGACCACCUGGGCCAGGCUCGUUCACAGGUGUACUCGGCAGCGCUGAUUCGACCGUUGAAGCUGCUCGGGACACAGCCGAUUGUCCAAGCGAUGGCCAUCUACAAUGCAUUCCUCUACGGCCUUAUCUAUAUCCUCUACGCCAACUUCCCGGCCCUUUGGAUGAAUGUCUACCACCAGCGCCCCAGCAUUUCCGGCCUUAACUACCUUUCCUUAUUUGUGGGCUCCGUCUUUGCCGCUGAAUUAUGUACCCGCGCGAUCGAUCACAUCCAAAAAAGUCUCUCCGUGAAACAUGGCGGCCUUCACCUGCCCGAGUUUCGCAUGCCUGUGAUGCCCCCUGCGACUAUUAUACUAGCCGCAGGCAUGUUCAUAUACGGAUGGAGCGCUGAAUUCCACACCCACUGGAUUAUACCAAAUAUCGGCGCCGCUAUUUUUAUGGGUGCUGCCAUGACAUGUGCUAUUGCUGUGAAUACAUACAUGAUUGACACAUACGGUAAGUAUGCGGCGAGCGCAUUGGCGGCGAUCUCUAUACUCCGUCAGAUCUUUGGAUGUGUCUUUCCCGUUUUCGCGCCCUAUAUAUAUAGCGAUCUGGGAUACGGAUGGGGCAGCAGCAUUCUGGGGUUUAUUGCCUUAGGUAUCGGGCUGCCGACGGUGGUUCUGUUGUGGAGGUUUGGGAAGGCAUUGAGAAAGCGUAGUCCCUAUGCCGUUGAUAGUACGACAUAA